AUGUCUACGACCACGCAGGUGAACGAGUGCACAAACGGUUCCAAUCGCACCGCCGGAAGUGGAAGGAGUGGAUCCAUCUAUUUCCAAAAUCGCUCGAAUCCAGCGUCCUUCUCCGGAGGCAAGGCUUUCGACAGCUUCACGUUCGCUUCAUCCAGUUUUUCCAAUACGCUCCUGUCGCUAGACAUCCAAUUGCGGAUAUGGGAUCCGGCUCGCUUGUGGACUUCGAUCACCGCCUUUGCAACCUCGAAUGCUUCCAAAGCCAGUAUCGAAGCUGUCAACGUAGUCAUCCACAUGAUGGCGCUUCUUCACUGCCUCUGCUUCUCGGAGAACACGCUUCUGAAAAAGAAAAUAGGAAAUAUAACACUUUUUCGUGUGUGGAUUUAUUUUUCUAUCUACUCAUGUUCUGUAUCAUUUCCACACCUUGUGUAUGUACUUCACACAGGCGCUCAUGUGAUACCCUUGGAGGAGGAAGGCUACUGGGGAUCACCGUGCAGUUCCAGCGAAUCCCUCGAGCACCGAGAUGAGUAUUCUCCCGGCCAGACUGUCCUAUCGUCACAAUCGGGACCAGAGGGAUCGUCCCCGUAUGGCAGCAGUCAGUAUCAUCACCAUCACCACCACAGUCAGCAAGUUUACUGUCCCGUCGAGUAUGAGAAAUCAAGUUACAUUUGUGAUGAGGGUUAUUACGGAGCAACAACAACAACCAACACAAGUGGCGGAUCGCUGUCGUCGGUGAAUGCUUCAAGUGCAAUAGUUUCCGGAAGCGUUCCAGUGGUGCGGGUAGUCAAAAGGCGCAACACGGCCAACAAGAAAGAACGCAGACGUACCCAAAGUAUAAACUCGGCUUACACCUCAUUGCGGGAUCGUAUCCCCAAUGUUCCAAACGAUACAAAACUCUCAAAGAUCAAAACACUCCGACUAGCAAUCUCAUACAUCGCGCAUCUAUUGGCGGUCGUAAACGGCAACCAAGAUCCGUCCUGUGACUUCCGAGCGGAACUUGUUCCCUCCUCAAGGAAAAUAAACGCGGAACGAAGGGCGCAGAAAAGCAUGCUGCAAAACCUGGCCAACGAGGGAAAGAAAAUCAAAGGCAGAACCGGAUGGCCGCAGCACGUUUGGGCGUUGGAAACCAAGACCACCAUCAAGUAAAAUAUCAUCGAAAUGCGCAUUUGACGAGAACCAAAGUCCUUUAAAAUUUCAACUCUAUUGAACGCGAAUCCGUGAUAUUGUACUCUUCCUUUGUUUCUGAACCAGUGAUAUAAAUCUGUAAAUAGGUAAGGUAAUGGUGUUUAUUGUCUUCUAUUGUUGCCACCAUGAACAAUGAAUAAAAAUUCCGAGUGCUUAA